AUGAGGAUUCUUCAGCAGUCACAGUCGGAUGUGUAUCCAAAUCUGAUUGAUCAACUUCUGAAAUACUUGACCCCAGACAAUGGUGAACAGUGGACAUCCCAGCAAAGCAUGCACCAACUGCCGGAAGAGGAAGAUCAAGUCAGAUACGUGCAUAACACUUUUGUCAGUGUGAUCAAAGAAGACCGGCAUGCACCCAAUGCGUCAGAGCUGACUGGCCUUGCCCUGGUUAUCGUCCUGAUAUCGACAUCUUUCUUCGCGAUGAAACCAAGGGUGUCACCCACAAGUAUCAGGGGUGCCGAUCCAUCCAUUCCUGCCCGUCUUUCUCAGAUCGAAGCUCCAGGCAAUCUGGACAUGGACGUCGUGACCCGAGCAGUGUCGUUCUUUUUCUCCCAGUAUGUACACCAACCUCCAACACCUUGCGGGAAAUUUCAACCUGGGUCAUUCCAAUAUCUCCCGUCCCUGUAUGCUCGGAGUCGACCAGAUGGACCUCUGGUUCCGAUCGUCCAUGCGGCCGCGCUCGCCAGUUAUGCCAAUGCGGGCAACGUCCCCCACUGGACACUGGAAAGCUACCGAUUGUGCGGGCUGGGUAUCCUGAGAUGUAGGCAUGCACUUGGAAAUCUAGCCGAGAGAAAGUCAAAUGAGGUUCUUGCCAGCAUCAUGCUGCUAGCCGUCUAUGAGACUAUUGCCCUCAAAGGGACACGAGCCAUGAAGACAUGGAGUCAGCAUAUGCUUGGCGCAGCGGCAGUAAUUGAUUUCCGUGGUCCGGGUCAGUUUGACGACAGAUCUAGCGUUCAGAUCUUCCUGCAGAUUCGACGCCUCAUAGUCCUCUCCGCCUAUCAACUACAGCAACCAGUGCCCUUUUCCUUGAAGAAGUGGUCAGCUUGGCUAGAAUACGCCAGUAUUGGUGAAGAUUACGAGGUUGUUUACCUCGCCAACCGGCUUUCGGAAAUAGUUGAGACGCUUGCAUCUGUCCGGGCCUUUAAUAAAGCACCCAAGACUCGAGGAACAGGGGACAUCUCUUCUCUGCUUUUGCCAAUCGACUUGAUGCUUCAAAGCUGGCGGAAUCAGCUCCCUACGUCCUGGCUACCCAGACCUCGUCCUGCCUGCCGUUGUGAGGGCUGUUUCUCGCGCAGUCAUUUUGAAGGCAUGCCUUUUGACGCCUAUCCCGAUCUAUAUGUCGCCUCACUUUGGAACAAUUAUCGUGGUGCGCGCAUCCUGGUUCACGAAAUGCUAUUAUCCACCGCAACUCCCACUUCCAUCACGGCCAUAACGGACGACAAGGAAUUAUGCCCAACCAUCAACCUAUUGCGCCAGAUGAGCACUGAGAUUUGCCUCAGCGUCGACUACCAUCUGAGACCAAUUCCGGAUGACUCGUUUCCUGAUUCCAUUGACCACUUGAAAGGAAUAGUUACAGCCUCAAUCCCUGGUGGCGAACUCCUCAUCUGGCCGCUCUUCAUGGCUGGAAUGUUGCCUACGACAAGCCCAGCACGAAGGAUGUGGAUAUCGGAUCGCCUAAGGCAGAUUGGGGCCAACCUAGGCAUUGGACUGGCGCUUUCAAUGAGCCAGGCUAUGUACAACGAGCGGGACACAACCCCAUUUUCUCACAGCGAGCUGUGGGCGUAUGAUGAUUGCCAGGCCGAAAGUGCCUGCCCUUGA